AUGGACUUUUAUUUCAAGAAAAGUUUUCUAGCCCAAAAGACGGUGAUUGGCGGUGUUCCUACGAAGGGCGGCUCUGAUCUUGCAUCUCCGUCUCAAUCUCUGACCAUUGCGGUAGCUAUUAGUGCGAGCGCCAAAAGCAAGAAUGUAGUUAAGUGGGCACUCAAAAAGUUUGGUUCUGAGAAAAACGUCAUCUUCAAGCUGAUUCACAUCCAUCCAAAGAUUACUACUGUGCCUACACCUUCCGGAAACAUAGUCUCUAUUUCUGACGCACCAGAGGGUGUGGCGGCUAGUUAUAGAAUACAAGUGAUGCAAGAGACGAAAGAAACUCUUCUUAAACCUUUCAAGAAGAUGUGCGAGCGGAAAAAGGUUGAAGUAGAACUUCAAGUUCUUGAAUCAAAUAGUGUUGCAGUGGCGAUAACUAAAGAGGUUAAUCAGCAUUUGAUCACCAGACUUGUCAUUGGACGCUCUUCCCAUAAUGGCUUGUACAUGAAUCAAGAUAUUACCUCCAAGAUAUCAGCCUAUGUGUCAAACCAUUGCACAGUUUAUGUUGUCUCAAAAGGAGUCUAUAUUCUUUCAAAAGAUCAUCAAUCAAUCUCAGACGGAGAGAGAAAAGAAACUUUAAGAGAUACUGGUAGUUGCGAGAUAACUGAUUCCUCCAGCUGUUCUUCUGAUUCAGGACCUAGCUCAGAUGUAAUGUCAAAUGCACUCAAAUCAAAAUCUCUUGCUACUCUGUCAAACAAGAGAUUGCAACAUCUCCCAACAAUAGUAAGAGGAGUCUCUGGUCGUAUGGAAUCUAGUUCUGCUGAGUCAGAUGAGACUAGAAGUGUGUCUUCGGAUGCUGCAGAUGAAGUAAGCAAGAGAAGUAACCCUGAAACAUCGCGCAGUGCUUCUUGGAAUCCUCGUUUUAGAGAUUUCGAUGAGAGAAAAGACGCUAUGAGUUUUGUGUCGAGCAACCAUGAAUACGCAAGUGUUACUCAUGGUGAAGAUUAUUUCACAGACAACCAGGAGACGCUUAAAGAAAUUACAAAGUUAAGAGCUGAGCUUAGACUUGCUCAAGAAAUGUAUGCUGUGGCUCAAGUAGAAACCUUGGAUGCUUCUCGCAAGCUAAAUGAACUUACUUUCGAAGAGCUAACGCCGAAGGAGCAAGAAACGAAAGUGUUAGCAGAAAAGGAAACAGAGAAGAGAAAGGCAGAGAGAGAAGCUGCACCACAGAGAAGUAAAGCCAAAGAGAAAGAGAAGCUUGAAGAAAGUUCCCUAGUAGUGGCUCCUAAGCUGCAAUACCAAGAGUUCACUUGGGAAGACAUCGUUACCGCAACUUCAUCAUUCUCUCAAGAUCUAAAGAUCGGAACGGGAGCUUACGGGGAUGUUUACAAAUGCAAUCUGCAUCAUACAAUCGCCGCUGUCAAAGUUUUGCAUUCUGCUGAAAACAAUCUUUCCAAACAAUUCGAUCAAGAGCUCGAAAUCUUGAGCAAGAUUAGGCAUCCACACUUGGUUCUUCUUCUAGGAGCAUGCCCUGAGCGCGGUGCUCUAGUCUAUGAGUACAUGGAAAACGGUAGCUUGGACGAUAGACUGUUCCAAGUGAACAACAGUCAACCAAUCCCGUGGUUCGUGCGUUUUAGAAUCGCUUGGGAAGUCGCAUCAGCGCUUGUUUUCCUCCACAAAUCGAAACCGACACCAAUCAUCCACCGUGAUCUUAAACCAGCCAACAUCUUGCUUGAUCACAACUUUGUCAGCAAAGUAGGAGAUGUAGGUCUCUCCACAAUGAUCCAAGUCGACCCUUUAAAAUCCCAAUUCACAAUGUACAAACAGACAAGCCCCGUGGGAACGCUAUGCUACAUCGACCCUGAAUAUCAACGAACAGGAAUGAUAUCUCCGAAAUCAGACGUCUAUGCUCUCGGAAUGAUCAUUCUGCAGCUACUUACCGCUCAACCAGCUAUAGCACUGACGUAUACAGUUGAAAUAGCGAUGGAGAACAACGAUGACGAAGAGUUGAUACAGAUUCUUGAUACGAAAGCCGGUGACUGGCCAAUCCAAGAAACUCGGCAAUUAGCAGCUUUAGCCCUCUAUUGUACAGAGAUCCGUGCUAAAGACAGACCUGAUUUGGAGAAUCAGAUUCUUCCAACAUUGGAGAGCUUGAAGAAGGUAGCUGAUAAAGCAAGAAUAACGCUUUCCACUGCCUCAAGUCAACCUCCAAGCCAUUUCUUCUGCCCUUUACUUAAGGAUGUGAUGAAGGAGCCAUGUGUUGCGGCUGAUGGGUACACUUAUGACCGGCAAGCCAUAGAGGAGUGGAUGGAGGAGCAUCGAACUUCGCCGGUGACCAAUUUGCCGUCUUUUGGAGCAUUCUGGAGCAUAUGGGACAUGAGGAGCAUGGAAGGACUUGGGCAUGGACGCAGCUCAACUGGAUACGCAAAGGAAGAAGGAGGAAGCCAUCUUGAAGACCAGCUCGACCAUCUACUCGACCAACCGGUCGAGUUCCUCAACUCGACCGGCCAAGCUUCAACUCGAUCGAGCUGA